CCGGCCGCCGGUCGCUUGACUUGUCAAACACACGUACGGCUCGGAUGGAUGGCCGCGCUAGCGUCGCCGUCCCCAGCGUCUGCAUCCAAAUCCCCGACCAGCUCCAGCUGCGGACGACGCCGUUCGAGCCGCAGAAGGCCAUACUGACCCCACGCAUCCGCUCCGGCGUCGACGGCUGCGACGCGGUGCCGCCGGAGCACCGGCUCACCGUGCUGGCCAUGCAGCUCGCGGUCCUGGAGAAGGCCGUGAGCCGCCUCGGCACGUUGGCCUUCGUCUGGGCCACGGUGGUCCUGCUCGGCGGCUUCGCCAUCACGCUCAGCCGCACCGACUUCUGGUGCAUCACCGUGCUGCUGCUCACCGACGGCGCCCGCAUCCAGGGCCGCAGCCACGAGCUGCAGUGGCAGCAGAGGGUCACGCCCUGGUGGGGUUGCCCGCCCGUGUCGCGCGCCGCCGCCGUCCACGUCUUCCACUGGCUUCAGCUGCUGUCCGCGUCGGUGUGCGUCACCGUCUCGCUCGUCCGCCUCGUCACCCAGCGCCACGGCGGCGACGGCGCCGACCUCUCCACCAACCGCCAUGCCGCUCUCGACAUAUUCUACGGCCUCGCGCUGGUGGAGUCGCUCUUGUUCCUCGUCGAGAAGGCCCUGUGGCAGUGGAGGAUGGGGCACCACCGCCUCCUCGAGCGCGUCGCCAAGGAGUGCCACCUCGCCACCGCGUGUGGCCUGGUCGCCGUCCGCCGCUUCUUCUACUGCUCUUACUCCCGGAGCCUGAAUGGGAGCAUCUUCGACGGCCUGCACAUGGACCUCGUGUUCUACGCCGACGAGAUGCUCACGGCCGGCUCGCACGACGAGCAGAGCCUCGGGGCCGGCAUCCUCGUCGCUCUCGCCGAGUCCCACCGCUUCGCGGACUCCACGCUCCGCAAGAUCGGCAUGUCCGCCUCCACCAUCGAGCGGCUCGUCCAGAUGCUCAGCUGGAAGAGCACGUCCGAGAGGGACGCGCGCAGAUCGGCCGCGGUUGUCGUCUCCAUGCUCACCGGGAGGAAGUUCGUCGCCCUCCGCGUCACCAGCAUCCCUGAGGCGGUGGAGUCCGUCGCUUCGUUGCUGUACGCCGACCUCGACGAGCUCAACCUCCUCGGCUUCUCCAUCCUCAAUAAGCUGGCGUACGACCAUGAUAACUGCGACAAGAUCGGCAAGACCCGGAAUCUCGUCGACAAGAUCAUUUCAUACUGCAGCAUCACUGGCGGGGGACAGGCGGUAGCGCCGACGGACAUGCGGUUGAAGGCGGUGAAGCAGUCGCUCCUUGUGGUGAAGAGGCUGACGAGCAUGACGGGAACCACCGGGAAGCUUCUACGGAGGGAGCUCUCAGACAUCGUGUUCACCGUGAGCAACCUCAGGGAGGUGCUGGAGCAGCGUGACAGAAAGGUCCAGUCCGAGCUGCACCAGCUGGCGAUCGAGGUACUGACGAGCCUCGCCAUUGACAAGGAGGCGAGGGAGAAGAUAGGCGGGACGGGGGGCGUGGUCAGGGAGCUGGUCGCCAUAUUUCUACCGGGAAAGGAUCAGGCUAAAGGAAACCGGCAGAUAGACGCGAUCCGGGUAGAGUCCGGCGAGGCGCUGGCCAUGCUUGCGCUGGAAAGCAGGACCAACUGCGGCGCCAUAAUAAUGGCUUGCGGCGGAGGCGUGGAGCGGCUGGUCGAGGCCCUGAGUGAUGACGUCGUCGUCAUCGGUGUGGCGAGAAUCCUACUCAACCUGUGCACCUACGCCGGGAACGAGUGGCAGCUUCCCCUCAGAGGAGUCACCACCUGUGCCACCAAGGUGCUGAGUGCCAUCAUGGUCGAGAAGACCAAAAUCCUCAACAUCUUCCUCGGCCUCGCGGUGCAGAUGCUCCGAUUCAUGGAGCCCGGAGACCUGCGGGCGUGCCUGGCGGUGGCAAGUGUGACGGAGAAGGCACUGGUGCAGAUGCUGCUGCAUAUCCUGCGGGAGUACAAGCGCCCAUGCAUGACCAUCCCUUGGAUCCGGCGUUACGCUAUCGAGCUCACAGUGGCCAUGAUGCAAUUGGACCCGCGUUACAUGGCCCUGUUCGUGGAGCAUGGGAUGGAAGGUGUCCUGAGGCACAUCGCGGGCACCACCUCAGAGCUCGAGUGCUUCAACGCUUUCUCCGGGAGCGUCGGUCUCAGCCGCCAUGUCGUCUGCAUUGGAGCUGAUGAAGAUAUCCUGAAGUUUCCUGCAUUGGAGCUUGACUUAUUCAUUCUUGGCGUAUGUACUUACUUUUUUCUGUGAAACUAUUUUUUUAACUCUUCACAUUGUAAGUACACUCAAAUAUUCGUGUAAUCUUAGCAAUGACAUUUCUGUAUUAUAAAAAAGUGCAUCAUCAAA